AUGAUUCCAAUCGAUGCGUGGACCAACUUGCUGGAAAAAGUUGCUGAUAUUGCCAAAGAUGUGCAGACAGUCUCUGAUGCAGAUCGAACUGCGCUGUGGUCAGUGUACUCGGACCUAAGGCGACAGCUGGUGCGUUUGAAACUGGAUCUACUUGGCAAUGAGCAGACCCAACAGCAACAGGAACGGAUGCAAGAACAGUAUGCUAUAUCAGUCAAAGACAAUGCACUGUUGACAUUCAAUGAAUUCAUUGGCAAAUGGAAACCCAUAUUGGAGCAGCUUGAGAAUCACAAUAUUCAGAUCCUUCACGAUUCAUCGUUUGUGACCACCUCUGCACAGGACUAUGCAGAUACUGCACGAUCUGCUCGACAUGGACUGAAUCUGGAAACAUUUGAUGCAGAAUUAAUGGAUCUUGCGCAAAUGGAUUCAUUAAGUAAAUCAAAACCAGAAUCAGAAUCAGAACCAAAUCCAGAUCCAGAAUCAGAUCCAGCUGGACAUGUACUAGUCGAAGAGAGUACUCAAAUGGUGAUUGAUUCUGAUGAUGUAUUAGAUUUACCCAAUGAUACAGAGGCAGCGAAUGACAUGGUUUUGGAUCAGCAAAAAGCAAGUCUGGAUUCAAGCUCUGAUUCGAGGUUGCAUGAAUCUACAACUAGUGCAUUACAGCAGACAACAUCAGAAGUAGAAUUAUCUGAAGAAGAGCCCGAAGAUCUGGGACUUGGAUCGCAGUUUGAGUUCUUGUAA